AUGGACGAAGAUAUGGUAUUUGAUCCUUCUUUGAAGAAGAAAAAAAAGAAGAAGACUGGAUUUGACAUUGAUGCGGCUCUUGCAGGCGAUCAAGGUGAGAGCACGAGCGUGGAAGCGCCCGCUGCAUCGGGUGACGUCGACUUGCCCGAAGAUGAUAACCUCGAUUUGGAUAAUUUUGGAAAGAAAAAAAAGAAGAAAAAGAAGGGGGUCUUCAAUAUGGAAGAACUUGAAAACACCAUGCCUGAAACGCCACCAGCAGAAGAGCAAGAACCGCAGGAAGACGACGUUAUUGAUGACUUAGAUCUAGAGAUUGACUUCUCAAAAACUAAAAAGAAGAAGAAGAAGAAAAACAUUGAAGAGCCUAUGAUUGAAGAUGAUAUCAAAGGUGAGGACCAAGAGAAUAUAGAAGAUACAACUGGUGACUGGAUAGGCACUGAUCGUGAUUAUACGUACGAUGAGCUAUUAGAGCGAGUGUUUGACAUUAUGCGUGAGAAGAACCCUAGUAUGGUUUCUGGUAAGAAGCAAAAAUUCAUUAUGCGACCUCCACAAGUGGUACGAAUUGGUACCAAGAAAACAUCUUUUGCAAACUUCACAGAAAUUUGUAAAACUCUUCACAGACAGCCUAAACAUUUACUAGACUUUUUACUAGCUGAGCUGGGAACAAGUGGAUCUGUCGAUGGUAAUAGUCAACUUAUCAUCAAAGGUAGAUUCCAGCAGAAACAAAUAGAGAAUGUGCUCCGUCGGUAUAUCAAGGAAUAUGUAACCUGCCACACAUGUCGUUCCCCAGACACUAUCCUUCAGAAAGACACACGAUUAUUCUUCCUUCAGUGUGAGACUUGUGGCUCACGUUGCUCAGUGGCCAGCAUUAAGUCUGGUUUCCAGGCGGUGACAGGAAAACGUGCUGCCAUUCGUGCAAAGACUGCAUAG